AAGUUUGCCACUCGGCUUCGUGCUUGACGAGUGGGCCGUGUUUUUAUUUCGAAAUUUCACGGCAAAUAGAGCAAAAAUUACUGUUAUUACAUCGUUAAUCGACGGGGAAAUUCGUUCCGAUCAGUGUGAUAUAAGUUUCAACCUUGGUGGGUGCGGUUAACUUGUGUUUCAAGUUUCCAAAAUCCGGUCAGUAUACGUGUGUGAUAACAAGUGACUGUCUCGUAGUUCGAUUUCCGGGCAGCAGUUUUAUAGCCUGAAGACUGGAAGCAGACAAUCUGGUGUAGAAUGACGCAGCUGAAGGACCAGCUCAAAUUCGACAUCGAGUGGGGCCACGAGCGGCUGGUUCGUGCCCAGCAAACGGUGGAGGUACGCCCGUUCGAUGUCGAGUCCUGGUCGGUGCUGGUUCGGGAGGGCCAAAGUCGGCACAUCAAUGAGGUUCGUUCCCUGUUCGAAUCGCUGGUUUGCGUUUUCCCGACAACGGCGCGCUACUGGAAGAUCUACAUCGAGCAGGAGAUGAAGUAUCGGAACUACGAGCGGGUGGAGAAACUUUUCCAGCGCUGUCUGGUCAAGAUCCUGAACAUUGACCUUUGGAAGCUGUAUCUGACCUACGUGAAGGAAACGAAAGCUGGCCUGAGCACUCACAAGGAAAAACUGGCCCAGGCGUAUGAUUUUGCGCUUGAGAAGAUCGGCAUGGAUCUGCAUUCGUACUCCAUAUGGCAGGAUUAUAUUUCGUUUCUGAAAAGUGUGGAUGCCAUCGGAAGCUACGCUGAGAAUCAGAAAAUUACGGCCGUGAGGAAAGUUUAUCAACGGGCCGUAAUAACACCAAUCAUUGGGAUCGAACAUCUGUGGAAGGAUUACAUCAGCUUUGAGCAGAACAUCAACCCGAUUAUUUCGGAAAAGAUGAGCUUGGAGCGAUCUCGGGACUACAUGAAUGCCAGGCGAGUGGCCAAGGAGCUGGAAAUUGUAACGAAAGGUUUGAAUCGGAAUUUGCCGGCCGUUCCUCCGACUGGAACCAAGGAAGAGGUCAAACAGGUGGAGCUGUGGAAAAAGUAUAUCAACUUCGAGAAGUCGAAUCCGUUGCGUAGUGAAGAUACGGCUCUGGUCACGCGGAGGGUGAUGUUUGCGACGGAGCAGUGCCUGCUGGUUUUGACCCACCAUCCAGCCGUUUGGCAUCAGGCGGCUCAGUAUUUGGACCAAAGUUCGAAGCAGCUUAUCGAUAAGGGUGAUCUGAAUGCGGCAAAGGUGUUCGCCGAUGAGGCUGCUAACAUUCUUGAGCGAGCCAUCAACAGCGUGUUGAGCAAGAAUGCGCUUUUGUACUUUGCGUAUGCUGAUUUUGAAGAAGGUCGUCUAAAGUACGAAAAGGUGCACCAGAUGUACCAAAAGUUUUUGGCCAUCACCGACAUCGACCCGACUUUGGCCUACAUCCAGUACAUGAAGUUUGCUCGCCGAGCCGAGGGUAUCAUUUCGGCGAGAGCCAUCUUCAAGAAAGCCCGCGAAGAUGUUCGAUCGACCUAUCACGUGUUCGUUGCGGCGGCUCUGAUGGAGUAUUACUGCACCAAGGACAAGGACAUCGCCUUCCGGAUCUUCGAGCUGGGGUUGAAACGUUUCGGCGGCAGUCCCGAAUAUGUUAUGUGUUACAUUGACUAUUUGUCCCAUCUGAACGAGGACAACAACACCAGAGUAUUAUUCGAGCGAGUUCUGUCUUCGGGUGGAUUGACUCCCCAACUUUCGGUUGAAGUUUGGAAUCGAUUCUUGGAAUUCGAAUCAAACAUCGGCGAUUUGAGCAGUAUUGUGAAAGUGGAACGUCGUAGGAGCGCAGUUUUGGAAAAGCUAAAAGAAUUCGAAGGCAAAGAAACUGCACAGCUAGUAGAUCGUUACAAAUUCCUGAACCUUUAUCCGUGUUCCAUGGCUGAGCUCAAAUCAAUCGGUUACACGGAAACUGAUGGCGUUAUCAAUCCCAUCACUAGCAAAUCUUCAUCAACAAUCGCCGAAACCCAGGAGCAACCUCAUCAAAUCCCGCGUCCAGAUUUUGCCCAAAUGAUCCCCUAUAAACCGAAACCGAACGCCUACCCUGGAGAGCAUCCAUUAGACGGAGGCUGCUACCCUCAACCGCCUGCCUUGUCCCAUCUGUCUUCGAUUCUUCCGCCACCGAUUUGCUUCCACGGACCUUUCGUUUCGGUAGAAAAAUUGGCCGACGUUUUCAGCAGGAUCGUCCUACCCGACGUUCCACCAACGCCAUCGGCAACCGGCGAAAAUGGCCAUAGCGUCAAACUGUUCGAUCUGGCCAAAGCUGUCCACUGGAUUGUGGACGAUUCGACCUAUUCCGGUGAGGGAGGACUGAAACGACGCCGUAUGGCACCCGGUGGAGACGACAGCGAUGAGGACACUUCUGCUCCGGCACCACCCGUCAACGAUGUUUAUCGCCUACGCCAGCAAAAAAGAUUCAAUCGAUAAAUGCUGGAACUUUUAAUGCACUUUUUUACAGCAUUUUAGAGUUUAAGACCGAUUUGAUUGCUAAUAUAAACAAAAACAAACCAAGAAAGCUGUAUUAAACAAUUAUGCCUAUAUCACAGGAAUAUUUUCUCACAAAUAAAAAUAAACUGCCCAUAGUUUUUUGUGCAAACCCAA